UAAUACGUAUAACAUCUUAUUUAAAUGUCCGUUCUAAAUCAAUUAAUUGUGUAAGUGAAAGUACUUCUGAAAUGUCUGCAACGAUAAUGGAACAUCGGGAAAUUAUUCACCAGGAAAAAAAUGAGUUAGCCAUUGUCAUGUUCAUUAGACACAAUUCAACAUAAACACAUGUACGAAAAUGACUAUCAGAAGUACUUGAAUCACGAGCCAAAACAAGGAAAUUAUUUCUGCUAUAUGGAUAUGAGUGUCUUUUAUUUAAUUUAUUUGUGUUCAUUUUAAAUCAGUUAAAAAUUAUUUCUUUUUAAAUUUCAAAACAAAAUCAGAAAUUAAAUCUCGAACGUACAAUUGUAAUUGAAGCACAGGACGAUCAUGGGCUAUCUUAUACAUUAUUUAUUUAUCGCGAGGUUUCUUCUUGGUGGACUCCACGGCGAAAUGGUACUGGACGUCCCAGAGUUACGAGAAGGAAUUCCUGGAAAUAUCACGUGUUCCGUAAACAAGGUGAAACGUCCUGCAAAAAUAGAACUAUCACUGGGUAAUAAAUCACUCCCGGAAAUAAGGCAGGAAAACAAAUAUGAUGAGGCGUCUGGUACAUAUACCAGUAUAAAAACAGUGACUGAAAUCGACAGAUCUUGGAAUGACAAGUCGUUUGCAUGUUUGUCUUAUAUUCAGGGACCCACCAAUGAUUCAUAUGCGUUCCACGCUUUCAAAAACCAAACGGUUGUAUUCAAAUAUCCACCAUCCAGCAUGAUUAUGACCAGUCAAGAAACACCGAUCAAUAUGCUGCCAUGGUAUCCGUUGACCAUCAUAUGCGCAGCCAUUGACAGUAACGCUGACUGUAUGAUCAAGUGGACUUCAGAUCUUCCUGAUCUACACCUGAUCAGUAAAACACAAGAAGGACAUCGAGAUAUCGUGUCGACUAUACAGGUCAAUGUGUCACAGGGCAAUUCGGGUCACAACAUUAGUUGUCAUACAGAAUGUGUGGACUUUGUGGUACAUUUCAUCAAGGUCUAUACUAUCGACCUACCACGACAACCGGCAGUCCGCAUAAUUCCAACAUUUAUAAGAGGGGAAGAUUGCGACAGUUUGCAUACACUGGAAUGUGAGGUUGACUUCAAUCCGAUGUCAAAUAUUUCAUGGAUAGAUAUCAACUGUGGAGAGUGCAUCCUUGCCAAAUGUGAAAACUCAGAUGUGUGUGUUCUUCGCAUCAACAAUCACGAAUCCACAACCGAAUUUAAAUGUCUGGCCGUGAAUGUUUUUGGAUAUGAUCAGGAAAUCUUCAAUGUCAACUUACAAAGUCGUAAAACAGCUGUAUGCAAAGGUUUGAAGACCACGGAAUUACCAUGGCUUAUCUACACAUUGAUUGGUUCGGGUACCUUGUUGUUCGUGUGGUGCUGCACUUUGGGGUGUGUCAUCAUUGUCAAAUAUAUCAGACCACAGUUUCAACAGAAAUGGUCGAUGGAUAGAACCGCGCGUGAUACGUUACCUAUGCGGUCACCCAGACAUCAAAUCGUCGCACCAGGUGGCAAUAUUGAGAUUUUAUAAGACAUACACAUCUAUGUUUGCUGAAGUUUCCUUCUCUACCAAAUACACAUUCCCCGAUUGCAGAAUGGUGUACUUUGUUUGUCAGUUUUGUUAAAUUGUGUAUUUUUUAAAUAACUUAAUAUUUUGGUUAUUACGUGUUUUGUUAUGGCGUUAUAGUCAUAUUUUUCAUUCACCUCAAAUCAAUAAGUAAGUACAUUACCGGCAUUUAUCAUACCACCGCAUUCAUAUCUGCCUGAUAUAACGUUGUCUGAUAAAUCUUUUAUACCAUGGUCAACAGGGAGUUCUUAUAUCAGUCAUGUGUGGAAGAUGGUCAUAUUCAUAUUAUAUUACUCGGAAUCAACUAUAAAGUAAUCAUUUUAAGUAAAAUCGAAUCAGAUUCAACAAAACAAACAACUUGCUACCAACAAGUAAUAUAUUUUAAACACAAAAUGCAACACAAACAGCAAAAAAAACAUUUUUUACAAAUAUUAAGCGCGCGUUCUCAUGACGUCAGUAUUUGCACGUCAAACGACAAAAGUCAUAUUAAUUCCCACUAAAACUGCAGCUUUUUAGUGAUUUUUUUUAUUAUUUCUUUAAAAUCGGGGACAAAAAGGUAUGAUAAACAGAAAAACAGGUUACUGCCUGAUCUUUUUGGAAUAUAUCAGGCUCGGCACGAAUAAAAUAACGGCUCGGCAAGCCUCGCAGUUAUUUUAUUCUAAGCCUUGCCUUAUAUAUUACAAAAAGAUCAGGCCGUAACCUGUUAUUCUCUAUGAAUAUAAAUCUUAUUUACAAUGUCAAAAUGUUCAAUGUAUUAUUAUUUUUCUUUGUUAAUUAAUUAAAGAAUAGAACAAUCAAUUCCUUGCAUAUCUAAACUUUGCUGAAACAAGGAUUUAUCACUUCUUUUUAUUAUGAAUUGACACGACUAUUCUGACCUGCGAACAUACUGCGAAGAGAAUCGUUCCUAGAUGAUUCCUUAGACUGUAAUUACAUGUACAUUCGAAUGUGUUUUUUGGGACCUCCAACUCAUAUCAUGUUUGUCUGUUUACAUCAAUACUUAAAAUUUAAAAGUAUUAUAGUUUCAUGCUUCGUGUAUUUUCAAAGCUGAUUAUGUCGGAUCGUAGGUACUGUUAUGCAAGGUAUAGAUCAAGGAUAUAAAUAAAUCAAAGCGCCGACGACGUUGAAAGUCUAUUGGCAAGAUAGAGGGAAGUUUCUGUAGAAGUAAAUAGCAAAGUUCACUGGAUGAAAAUAUAAAUGGGUAUCAAACAAAAUACAAAUGCAAGUACAAAUAAAUGAAACAAGAUUGAUGAAAUAUUGAAAAACACACUAUAUCAAUCGGAAAAUCAGAAACACAUAUCAAGGGCGCUUGGUAUUUUGCGAGCAAUAAAUGAACGGAUGUAAACGUUAUUUCUGAUUGGCCGGACGUUUAUUUGUGCUAUUGUUUAAAUUUGGAGAAAAAAGAUCUGCCAGUUGUUUGUUUAAUGAAAUAAUGAAGAAAAUAUUUCUCUAUAACAGGCUCCUUUAAGACAUUUGUUAUACAUGGUAAUUAACGUUAUCAUUAUUAUGUACGAGUCUGAAAGAAUAUAGUUAUAUCUUUGUUUUGCUUCUUUUGCUUCUUUUGUUUGUUACCUCUUAUUAAACUGUUACCAUCGCUUCAUUUCCAUUGAAACAGAUACGAACAAUU